AUGAGCACAUCAAAGAACAAGAAGAGUGCCACAGGAUUCUUUAUAUUCAGCAAAGAGAUUCGAUAUCAAAUACAUAAAGCAUGCCCAUUUUUUUCACCUUUAGAUAUCUCUAAAGUUAUAUCUGAACAAUGGAAGAAUCUUCCUGAGUCAGAAAGAGUUAGAUAUAGAGAAAUGGCCAAAACAAUGACAUCUCAGCCUGACUCACCAACUAAACCAAAAGCGACACAACAAUGCCCAGUCAAGCAAGGGCCUAUACCACCCAUAGAAACGUUUGGAAUAUAUCCAGCAUUUGAUAAAAUUCAAUACGCAGUUCUAGAUCCUAAUAACGAUAUUGAUUUGACCAUAUGA